GAGUUUAGUUUUGUCCUUUGGAUGGUUCACUGUUUUGUCAAGUUAUUUUCUUCUGUAUUUACAAAAUAAAUAAUGUAAACCCUCUAUGCUUUAAAAUUCAAGUUUUUGUGGUUCACGUUUUAAGACACAGCAUGAACUGGAACUGCAACUCGGCUACUUUAUUAUUGAUUUUUCGCUUUGAAAGUGCUUAGUAUUGUGAUUUGUGGUUAUUAAAGUGCAAUAAUCAAAGACGAUGAAGACGAAGCUGACGUCGGUGACGUACCUGGGCUACACGGCCAUGGACCGCCGCUUCUCCAACUCCAUGCUGCCCUGGCUGCUGCGGGAGAUACGGGCCACAGGCAUUAGGGAUAAAUUGAGCCUAACGGUGGAGGAUAGCUGUCUCAAGGCUUACAACGGCAACUUCGAGCCCGUCAUCAUACACCGCCUCGUCGAUAUACUGAGGGCCAGUCAAGUGCCGGGCCGGCCGGAGGAGUUGUUCUACAUCCUGCUCAAUGAGAAGGAGGGACUCCUGCAGUGCUAUCUAUUCAGAGCCAAUACUGUUCUUGAGGUGACAGACCUGUUCAGCCAGAUGCGGGAGCCGUCCCCCGGGGCCGCAAGCCCCAGGGGCUCGACGGGUUCGCUGAGCAGCGGCGCCGUCACCCGCAACAUUGGCUUCCAGCAGACCAACGGCUCCGACCAUCUGCCCUGGACCAGCCCUGCCAUAUCGCUACCUGGCAAUUGUAACUCUAACCUAACAAACGAUUCAUCAGGCUUAGUCCGCAGUCUCAGUAACGCUUCAGCUCUCACUUCGCUAUGUGCAGAUCUCUCGCCGUCUGACUCACAUUUCUUUGAGGUUCUUUAUAUUGGCAAAGUAAGGAUAUCACAGAGAAAAGUUCCAGAAACUUUGAUAGAUGACGCCCUUCACAAGUUUGCGCAACACGAGGCUGAGAAAAUUAAAAAUCAGCGGCGGCACAGUCUUAUAUCUUCCACCGGCACUUCUCUCUAUAGCAAUUCGUCAGAAAAUUUAAAAGAAGACACAAAGUCAGAUGUAGUCGGUGAAAAUGUACACAACAGGAAUAGCAAUCUGAUCACAAGCACAACUCCGCUGGAGCCUGAUAAAAAUCACGUUUGGAAAAGCGUUGAAAAUUUACAACAAACUAAAAAUCAUCAACUGGUUAAAAGUGAAAGCAACGAAAUAGACAAAGAAUUUGAUAAUUUUAGCAAAGAAAGAGUCGAAAAAAAUACUCCCACUCGGAGAACUAGUCAAACGCCUCUAGAGCCAACUGUUCUCGUACUAAACGUACCCACUAAUUUGGGCACAGUGACGGAAGACGAGGAAAAGACUGAAGAAAUACAAUCAGUUAUAUCUGAAACUGCGUCAUCGAUAACGCAAUUUUGUCAGACGAAUUUUAUAAACUCUAAUACCGAUACAACUGACAAUGUUAAAGACACUAAUCCGUUUCACAAAAAGAUUUCCGAAGAGACCGAUGAUACGAAAAACAAAGACGUAAAUGAUCCUUUACUUAAUAUGCCAAUAAACAGUACAACUGAGAAGAAAACUGAUUUGGCUACUAAAUCUAAAGAGAAUAUUCCAGACACUCCAACAUCAGACGAUUCUAAAACGCAUAAGUCUUUAGAAUUGAAACUGAGUAGAAAUAACGAUAAGAUAGGAUCAAUGCCGGAGAACAAACAGUUCCUGCGGGACAGGUCUGCUUCUAUCGGCACAUUGAACUUAAAGACACCUCUGGCUCAUUUAAUCGGAGAGCAAAACAGAACUAUGCUAUUUCAGGUGGGCAGGUCGGAGCUGCGCCUGAUCAGCCCGGACCGCAAGCAGGUGCUGCUGCAGCGGUCGUUCGCGCACGUGGCCAGCUGCGUGCUGGGCCGCGCGCGCACCGACCACUUCGGCUUCGUGUGCCGCGACGCCGGCGACGCCUACGCCUGCUACGUCUUCAAGUGCGAGAGCGACUCCAUCGCCACAGAAGUUGUCAAUGCAAUUCGACAGGCGUUCGUGGCGCACGCGGAGUUGCUGAAGAAGUCGCGGGAGAAGUCGCCCAACAUGACGUGCGAGCACUGCCCGCUGCUGUGGUACCACCGCCUCUGUCAUGAUAUCGAAGGCAUGAACGAGAAGAAGACGCACGCGUUUAUCUUACGUCGCAUCGAGCAGCUGCCGGAGGAGGAGCAGGACCUGAUCGUCACCAAGUACCAGGGCGGCACCAACCACAUGUACGAGGUGGGCGAGCACAACGCCUUCCUGAUGAUGUUGCUGCGCGCGCACUGCGAGGCCAAGCAGCAGCGCCACGUGCACGACACCGCUGAGAACAGGUCAGAGUUCCUGAACCAGUAUUUGGGAGGUAGUACAAUAUUUAUGAAGGCCAAGCGCUCCCUCUCCAGCGGUUUUGACCAUUUGCUAAAGAGGAAGGCCAGCAGGGACGACAGCAGUUUGGUGGUCACACCGGUUAAGAAGGAGGUCCCGGUGGCGCCCCCUGCGGCGCUGGAGACGAGCUCUGAGCCGGGGGGCGGCGAGCUGCACCUUCCUGAGGUCAGGUCCAAGUCCAUGUCGCCCGCCGUACACGUCGAUAGAGAUCCACCGGGAUCUCCUUCGAUUCCUCCACCACUGGAGGAGGAGCCGGAGGAGUCGAGGGACGAAAACGAUGCUGUCAACUCUCCUAUGAUGGAUAUUUUCCUGAAAGUGAGCGAUUCCCGACCAGCCAACGCUGAGCCGGGCAGCGAGUCAGACGCCACGUGGCGACAGGCCAUCUAUGAGAAGGCCACGCAGCCACCUGAGACACAUGAAGAUGAAUUGACACCGGGGCAGCUGCUGGGGCGCGCGGGGGCAGGUGGUGCGGGGGGCGCGCAGGGCCGCGACUGCGACGUGGACAUCAAGUUCGACGGACACUCCACACAGCUGAAGCAGAUCCGGCCGCUGCGGCCGCACAACCGCGCGCUCUAG